AUGGCAACUCAUCUUCGGAAUCUCUUCCUGUUAUGUCCAGUAAUUGCGGCAGCAUGGCCAGGAUUUGUUGCAUACAAAGAGAGGACCUGCAGCGAUCCGCUUGAUAUCUGGAGUGACGGGGACCUGAUCGACAACAGCACACUUCUAAUAGACCGCUCCAUCACAGACGUAGACAGUCAUGCGGGCGGCCGCUAUUACGAGAAUAUGACCUUCCCAGCGGCGAAAGCAACGGGCGACAUGGACACAGACGCGGGGACCCAGUUCGUGUACUGGAAAGUUGAGGACCCUGACCCGACCUGCCAGUUCAUCAUGAUGAAGGAUACUCCUCGAGGGUGGCAGAUGCUUAACGAAAUGCCCGGGGCCGAAAUUCUGCGGGUGGCGCAAGCCGGCUGCUACUACACAUCUCUCAACCCAAACGACAACCUGAUUACUAGCUACUGCUGUGGCCGCGACGACUGUGCCAUCGCAGAAGUUGAGAUUCAAAGCAAUUCUCCUAAGGAUACCUCCGGUGAAAUCGCACCGAGCUGCACGAUCAAGAGAUCCUACUCGGCCACCCCCACCAUCCAGGACGGGAAACAGAUAGCUAUUACCAGGCCGCAGACCUGCGAAGCGCCCCCGGCUUGUACGCAUUCGAUCACGCAAAGCAGCAUGGUUUCAACGGCUCUCGCGCAUUUUCAGUCGUAUUCCUGGACCACUGAAGAAGGUGUCGAUGUUCACUUCGAAUCAGGCGUCGACUUCCUCUUGGCUAGCAAGAUGACGACCGGUAUCAGUUUCAGUAUUGCACAGAGUUGGAUGGAUGAGACUGGCACAACCCUGACGGAGACGAAUAUCACGGCCGCCCAGGAAGCCGGAAGGCAGGAGGCAGGUAGCGUGGCGUUCUACUCCUUCAUUCCGCAGUACGACUGCUGGACGGGCGACGUCAGUUGUGGAAACGACCAGGAUGGAAACGAGAAGGUCCUUGAGGGUAUUAGCUUUUGCCAGCCUCGCUUGGCGACUACUGGCGACCCUGCUGGAGUGUUUAGGAUGGUGUAUACCUCUGGAUGA